AGAGGGACGCCGAUGGCAGCUGCGCUAUGGCUCCCAGUUCGUUUCACCAGAAAAAAGGCUCUUUAGUGGUGACCAGCAACGAAAAUCGCACGGCGCAGCGGGUCCACCCACACCAAGAGUUCAACAAUGGCAUCGUUAUGAGCGCUCAGCCUCUCCGGGAUAAUCAGCUGUUUGAAGUUAGGAUCGACAAGAAGGUGUCAACAUGGAGUGGCUCCAUAGAGAUUGGCGUGACAGCCCUGGACCCCGGCACUCUCGCCUUUCCGUCGAGUGCCACCAACCUCCGCGAGGGCUCUUGGGUCAUGUCCGGCACUGGCGUGCUGCAGGAUGGAAAGACGCUGGUUGAGGAGUACGGCACAGACCUCGACCAGCUGGGCGAGGGCGACCGCGUUGGCGUCAUGCGCACCUCAGGAGGGGAGCUGAAAUUCUUUGUCAAUGGCCGGAGCCAGGGUGUGGCCGCGAGUCAAAUUCCGCCGCAGGUGCAUGCUGUGGUUGACCUGUAUGGGAAGUGUGCCCAGAUAUCCAUCGUGGAAGAUGGGGAUCCACCGCUGUCGGCAGGGGAUAACAUAAGCUGCGAGAAUAUUGUCACCUUGGGGGCAGCUGCCUGUGCACCUUCAUCGGAUGAUCCCCUGCGAUUUCACACCCGGUGCGGUUCAUUGGUCCAGCUGUCCAAUGACAACCGGACAGCAGAGAGGCGGCGGCCCUCAGACGAGUUCAACAAUGGUGUCGUUAUGACGCACAGGUCGCUGAGAGAUGACGAGUGGUUUGAGCUCCGAAUCGAUGAACUGGUGAACAAAUGGUCGGGCUCCAUCGAGCUAGGAGUUACCACUCACAGUCCCGAGACUCUGGAGUUCCCGGCAACCAUGACAAACAUGCGCUCAGGUACCAUAAUGAUGAGCGGCUCAGGGAUUCUCACAAAUGGCAAAGGCAGUAGGCGGGAAUACGGCAACUACAACUUGGAUGAGCUUCAUGAGGGCGACAGGAUAGGGGUGGUGCGCAAGUCCAACGGCAACCUGCACUACUAUAUCAACGGCAUGGACCAGGGUGUGGCCUCGGGGAAUGUGCCCAAGGUGGUGUAUGGAGUGGUGGACCUGUACGGCAUGACCGUCAAGGUCACCUUGCUUGACCACAACGAGAGCACUCACAGACACGUGGCAUCUCCCAGCGAUGAAAGCAAGGCCAUCAAAGAUGACACAAAUGACCGGGAGACUGAGAGGUUGCUGUUCCACCCACGCUGCGGCGGACGCGCUGUGGUUGUCAACGAUGGCCGCACUGCGCGGAGACCCAGUGCCCUGGAUGGCUUCAACAACGCCGUCGUCCUGACGAACCGUGCGUUACGUCCGGAUGAGCUGUUCGAGGUGGUCCUAGAGCAGCAGGUGUCCAAGUGGACGGGCUCUAUCGACAUCGGGGUGACCAUGUUCCCGCCGCACCUGCUCGAGUUCCCCACUACCAUGACCAAUGUGCGGUCGGGCACCUGGGUCAUGACUGGCUGUGGUGUCAUGCACAACGGCACCGAGGUCAUCAAGGAUUAUUGCCAGAACCUAGACACCUUGCAGGUCGGGGACAAAGUUGGCGUGAAACGAACAUCUGAGGGCAAUCUGCAUUUCUACAUCAAUGGAGUGGACCAAGGCAUAGCAGCUCACAACGUGCCUGCUCGGGUGUAUGGCGUCAUUGAUCUUUACGGACAAGCUGCUCAGGCUUCUGUGGUCGACCACUCUGGCACUGAGACCGCACCUGUGCCGGAGCUCUUGUUGGCAGUGCCGUCGCCGUCUCUGGCCCUGACGGCGGGUGAGCCGCUGGUUGCCGAGCUGCGCUUCAGCAAGAGGCAUGGCCGUAACGCACGGGUUCUCAACAACGGGUUGACGGCAGUGCGCCCGAAUGCUCACGGCGAGUUCAACUUUGCCAUCGUCGUCAGCGACCGGCCUCUCACCGACAACCAGCUCUUCGAAGUGGUCAUUGAUCAGAUGGUUGACCGGUGGUCAGGAUCCAUCGAGGCUGGUGUCACGGCCAUCAGGCCGGAAGACCUGGAGUUUCCCAGCACAAUGACUGACAUAACUCACGAUACAUGGAUGCUAAGUGGUUCGACCAUCAUGCGCAAUGGCAACACUGUGCGGAAUGGCUACAAGUGCGACCUGGACCAGCUUGGGGUCGGAAGCCGCGUGGGAAUGAUGCGAGAUUCCGAUGGCUGCCUACACUACUUUGUCAACGGAGAAGACCAGGGAGUCGCUUGCAGGAACAUCCGGUCACCUGUCUGGGCUGUGAUAGACCUCUACGGCCAGUGUGCACAGGUGUCCAUCGUGCCGCAACAACGGAUCUCUCCACCAGCAGCCGUGCCUGCCAAGGUGGCUAGUCCGGAGGUCACCAGGGCGAGCAUCACGCCUGCACACAGCGUGUCUGUAAAUCACCAGUUCAACACCUGCUGCGGGAAGAAUGUGGUCCUUAGGAAUAACAACAAGGUGGCCUGCCGCUCCGCUGGCUUCAACAACGCUCUUGUGUUCAGUGCCGCACCAUUGGAACUGGAGGAACUCUUCGAGGUGCAAGUGGAACAAGUGAGCUCCGUUUGGGCCGGGGCGCUGGUGCUGGGCCUGACGACGUUUGCACCUGAACCAGGCGUCCCACUUCCCCCCACAGCCCUCCGUCUCCCAAGCCACCAGUCAUGGCUGCUUGUUGGGUCACGUGUUUUCCACAAUGGCACCCUCCUGAGGGACAACUAUGGGCCGUCCCUACAUCGGCUGUCGGCUGGGGAGCGGAUUGGCGUCCAGCACUGCUUUGACGGGACCCUCCGCGUCCACCUCAACGGCGAGGAUUUAGGGCCAGCAGCCUCCAACUUGCCAAAGGUUCUGUACGCAGUGCUGGACUUGUACGGGAUGCUCGAGUCGGUCUCCCUCUGCAGUAGCAGCAUAGUACCUGCCACGCACUCGGCGGCCACCAAUUAUUUCGACUGUGCCGAGCCAAGCCAAGGCACGCCAAGCAAGGAGAGGGUGGGCCAGGAGUUCCACGAGCAACAUGGCCGCAAUGUGCGGCUGCGCGCGGGCAGCCUGGGUGCGUGCCGCACGACCGGCUACGACCACGGCCUCCUCCUUUCCACCAAGCCUCUGCCUCGGUGCCAGCUUUUCCAGGUUCGAAUCGAUCGAUUAAACAGCAAGUGGAGCUCCUCCCUGCAAGUGGGCGUCGUCGGAGAGAACCCCGAGAAACUUCACUUUCCUCUGAGUGCCCUCAAUCUGCGAAAACUGGCGUGGGUGAUUUCCGGUGACUCUGUCUAUCACAACGGAACCAAGGUGAAGCUUGGCUAUGGGCCCAAUCUCGACCACCUACAGCAAGGCCACACGGUGGGCGUGCUGGUGGACCUGGAAGGCGGGCUGCACCUUUAUGUCAACGGGAUGGACCAAGGCGUGGCUGCCAGAGACCUGCCGCCCAUCUGUUACGCCCUGGUGGACCUGUAUGGUCAGUGUGAGCAGGUGACUAUUGUGGAGUCUCACGACCAGGACAGUGAACCCGAGGCCGAUUCAAGAGAGAAAGCCGACAUAGACAACGGGGUAAAAGAAAAAAGGGUGAAGAACCUCCACAAUGACAUCCAUGCCAUCAAGAAUUGCGAGUACCAAAACCUGUGCCUGAGGUUCAAGGCCAUGCUUGGGAUUCCCGACAAUUACUUUGUUCCUGACAUGAACCUGUGCUACUGCGAGACCUGUCACAAGAUCCGUGGCGAUGAGCCCUACCUCAAAGUCGGCGAACCUCCUAGGGACUAUGCAGUGCCCUUCGGUUGGUGCCGGUUCCCGCUCAGGUUGCCACCGAGGCCCGACCACAAUUCGGUGCAGCAGAAGUGGCACGUGGCCUAUCACGGAGUGCCGGUCGCUGCCGUGAGGAAGACCCUGGACCAUGGGCAGCUGCUCUCGCCAGAUAAGGUGUCACUUUGUCAACCUCCCAAGACGGGGUCAAGGAGCAAGUCGGAGAACUGUGAAAGCCACUCCGUCUGCCUCUCCCCGACGUUGCGCUACGCUGGCUGCAGCGCAUUAUGUCCAAAGCAUGAAUUCGUUGACCCGAAGACGAGCCGUCAGAUGUGGGCAAGGACCGCGUUCCAGGUUUUAGUCCAGCCUGGCUCCUACACGACGCACCCAGCGCGUGUGGGCGCCACCAGCCCCACCAGCAGCGCCACAUCGAGGGAUCCAACCGAGACGUUUCUGGGCGCCUCGGAACUGGAGUGGAGGACCAAAGAGAGGGGAGCCACCAUUCUCCAUGCGCUCCUUGUCCGCCUGGAGUUCCCGCCAUCCUGAUAGGCUUCGAACAUAGGAACUCUUGCUUGUUCUCAUUAGUUUUUAUUUUAUUUCUUUUUCCUGUUUACAUGGCAACCUAAGCGUUGAUUAUGCCAUCUCACAUGCAUUCAUUCACACUGCUGAUCAUUUCGGGCUGUUGUGCAAUUCUCGUUGACUCGUUCUUAUCUCUGUGCUGCUGCCACAAUCGUUGGCAUUGAUUGCGUUCCAAGCUUCCGCCCUAUAUUGCAGUACGGGAUUGCCGGCGUGUUGGCCUAGAUGCCUUCAAACUUAACGCGAAUGAGACGCAAGCAGAGGCAUGAACAUGAUUGCACACAGUGUGUACGUACUUGUGUGUAUCUGUGUGUGGUGUACAUCCUAUGACAGAAAAUGUAAAAGCCAGCUGACAAUGGUUGGCAAGGGCUGGCCAUUGCCAGCCGUUGCCAUCGCUGGCUAUCGCUGUAGCGAUGUGUAUUAGAUUGCGUUUACGUCCUCUUUCUCCGUUUGUCUCUCUUACGUGCUACACACAAAGGAGUUUCAUGACAACAACACUGUGUGUUUUGCGGAAUUACAUGUAUGUACAUAAGCAUGGAGCUGUGAGGCACGCUACAAAUACAGCUCUCUUUUGCCGUUUCUGUAACGAAUAGCUUAUGUUGUUACAGGUCUCUUUUUAAAAUCACGCCUUGCUUUCCAUUGCCGUGCCACGCAUGCAUUGCACGUGGCACGAGAUUCGGUGUGCUCUAUGUGGUUGUCUCGUUUAAUUUACUUUUCCCCAUCGGGAUAGAUAACUUGUUCUUAUGCUGCCAUUUUUGCAAUAGCAUGACUGUUGCGCACGUUCUGAGAAGUGCACGACACCUCGUCCGAAUGAUUGGACCUUUCAUCACAUUUGUUAUUGCCAAAUGUGUUCUUUAAGCAGUCAGAAGCUCUGGCUGAUACCCUGUUGCCCAUGGGGCGAAAAAAAAGUAAAUCAUAGCCACACGUCAAAAACUGUUGCAAUGUUGUCCGAAAAAAAAAGAAAGAAAACAUUCAUGGAGUGGACCCUUGUUGCAAAGGCUACCAACUGCAACAGAAAGCCUCUCCAUUGGGCGGUUAUGUGCGUCAGCCAUGUUUAGUAUUGGAGAACACAUUUCCAUCAGUUCUGGUGAUGUGCAGUUCAUAUUGUCAUCACCCAAACAUUAUUUCAUCAUUGCGAGUUUGCUGUUAAAAGAUCAAUCCUAUACGCUGAUUCAAUUGUCUGUUUACUUUAGCAAAACAAUUUUUGCUGCCAUGGUACCGUCCUCUCGUAGAUAUAAUGUUGGUGCAAAGAUUUUUGAAGACAGAGAAAAGAACCCAGUGAAAUCUUGGACUGUCUUUUGUCCUAGCGCAUGCUACUUGUGUUUGAAUCAUGUUGGUAACACUAAAAGUAGAGCACCUUUUGAAAAACACAUAGGAAGCUGAUGACAAAUUGUCCAAAAGAUAAAUUUGUAAGGUUUCUUUGAAUUUACCAUCUUUGGUAUUCCUUCUUUGUUGUCAGCACCAUAUGUGCACCGCAUUCUUUGUUGUUACCUUUGUGUUGCUUGUUUUUGGUAACAGUAUGACUAGAUGUUCAAGUCCUGUCACACCCUUGCAGGCACUUCUAAUUUAUUUGGAUAAACACUCUACCAGCAGUAAGUGAUCUGUUAAUGCUUACUGUGUGCUUUGAAAUACUGAGACGUAUCGUAUUCACUGUCAACGGGCAUCUUGCACUGCGGGUUGUGUCACCAACCGCAUCCUAAGACGAAACAGUUGUGUUAAUUCAGUCCACAAGAGGUAUUGAGACACCGUUUGUUGAAAAUGGACAUCCACUCUGAGCAUCCACUAUAGGCCUAGAAAUCUUUUGGUGCCAUUUUGUUGAGGACUCUCCUGUCCCCUGUGGCUGCCAACGAACUUUCGAGACUUUACGAACCUGCCUGCUUCCGCCAGCUGCCCGGCGUGCCACAGCUCCCCUAACCAAAGAAAGCUGUCCACAAAUCUUUGGAGCGUCGUGUGCUUUUGAUUGUCCAGCACGUCGACGUUGCAAGAUGGCUGCUUGCUCAUGUUGUUCGUGGCAGAAGUUGUGAUGUACUGUACAAAGCGCGUCACUAUUAGUGAGAUCUAGAAGGAAUGGUUUUCUACAAAUGUGAUACAUUGCUGCAGGCAAUGCAGUUAACGAGCCGGCUUCAUACAGCGGCGCAUGCACACAUUUUGUGCACGGCUUCGAGGCAGUUGAAUGCAGUCGUCGGUCGUACACCCAUACUGAAUUACAGUUAAUAUGUGAAGGGCCUUUGCGGGGGUGUUAUCAAGUCCCGGUGUUGUGAGGUGUCGGCACCAAGUGCCCACGUCUUAUCGACGCUUCAGUUCUUGUCAUGUACGCCAUCCUCCAUUGUCAAGAGUGAUCUAACAAACCUGCAAACUGUUUUUGUUUCCUAUUGCGCAACUGCACUUUCCUGUUCAGCUGUAAAAAUGUGUUCCUCUCCUCGGCUGGUGAUCUCUUGCUGUUCAUUUAGCACUGCAUGCAGCAUACUGUCUAGAGAACCACCUUGACAUUCAUCAUUAGACUUUCUUUAGCAAGCGACUCCGUGGGGCAUAUUUCCGUCAUUGAUCUAGCUAGCGCAUUUUUCUCUACGUGAGGACCACACGCUGCUUACAGUUGAAGUAUGUUUUGCGUGGUUACGACACAAAUUGUUACAGCCAGUCGAAACAGCGUGGUUAUGAACAUUUAUGAAAUGGACGUACAGAUGCUGUCCGAUGUAGUGAAAGUACAUGGGAAGCGUGUUCCAUGCAAUGGACACUUUGCUGCAUUUGUCUCAGUGAAAUGGCACACAUAGAAAGUUUUCUGUCGCUUCUCGAGCAAUUUGCCACAGAGCAUGCGAAUCGUCUGCUAAAAAUUGCAUGGUGGGUUUUACAUUGGCACUUCAUUUAGGUCUCUUGGGCAUGUUUGAUGCGCACAUCAGAAGCAUGCUUUUCAUUGAGGCUUUACCCGAACAGACGGGUGCAAAGCAUUAAUCGGAAAGCCACUUCUGUCGUCGGCAGUUAUUAUUUGUCUGUUGAGUUCAAGCUUAAAAACUUAAUAUGCAACGGAGCUGCCUGUGCUUGCUACUACUUUGCAUGUGAACAGUGAAAUUGAAGGUUACACCAGUGCUAAUUAGAAGGUCUCUCCCUAAAUGUGAAAAUAUGACUUCUGCUAAGGCUAUGUGUUCCAGAAGUUCUUUGGAAUGUCAUUCCCGCUUGAUGAAUGGGUUGUGUUGAAGCAUCGUUUUGCCUCGCCUGUCCAAGUCAGCAUUUCCUGACCAAUUGAAGCAGUUUUCUAUUUCAUGCUGUGAGCCACUGUAGCCAAAAUGAUGAAGCUUUGGCUGAACUAACCACAGUGAUGUAGCUCCCAGAGAUGCUCGGCCUUUCCUAUUUAUUUUGAACAGUGAUGAAGUAGAAUUGACUGCAGUGCAGUUAUUGUAAUUCCUGUCUUAACGUCCAAGUGACUAUUUUUAUAUGCAUCCUACAUCCAUGGUCUCUAAAGGUUUAAAGUAUCUCUAUAUACUUUUCCAAAGCUCCAGAUUCAUUUGUAGGGUGUGUCGCUACUAUAGCGCAUUUGCAGGUUGUGGACUCUUCUCGUGGAAGUUGUGUGUAGGACAGAUUGUACUUACCGAUACUAUUGACAAGCCUAAUUUACAGGCAGGCAUAAAGCUUGUACGAAGUGUUGCGUCAGUAACAAAGCCUGCUGUAAAUGGUUGGUUGGUUCAUCUACAGCGCUGGCUCGUUUGUGUUUACAUUUCUCAUGCAGGUGGCAUUUCACAGUUGAUUUUGUUUUUGUGCACAGUACUCCCUCUCCCACACGAGCUAAAUGAAAAGCAAGCCGAUCCUUGGCAAAUUGCAAAGAAGAAUGUCUGUUUUCUCAGUAGAAGGCAGGUGUUUCGUUCUCCUAGGGCAGAUGGCAUCACCCUUCCGUCAGCAAAAACAUAUUACACUUAUUUCUGAAAUCUUUCUGUUUUUGUCUGUCAUUGCCCCAGACAACACAUUACACCCUUCUGUUUUGUUUUGGAUAAAACAGAUUAGAACUGAAUACAAGCACGUGCCAAACAAAAGCACACCAUAAAAUGCCACCUCAGUAUCAGAUUUAAGUGCAAGCGAGACAGCAGUUUAGCUAGGGGCGGUAUUCUCGAGCAGUCACUUGCAGGGAUACUGAUUACUUUCACGAGAUGUCGCACGACUUGGCACCGGACGCACCGAAGUAUCCUAGCACUGUGCAAAUAUAGUGAGCUUGGCACAAUGUCAGGACCAUGAACUUCAGCGCAUCCGGCGCCAAGUCACACGAGAUCUCGCGAAAGGGAUCAAGUCCUCAAAAGUGAUUACCCGAGAAUACUGACCCUGAAACGCUGAUUCUGUUGGCUUCCUUAUCAACGCAACAUGCAAUAUGUUUGUCUGAACUCUCUGCAUCUUAAUAUGACCGCAGAGGCAGACAAGUUAAACCAAAUGCUAGGUUGAUCUGUACCACUUUGAUGUACUUGUGAUGAUGAUGAUGUAUUUCACCCACAGCACAAGAAACGUUUUGGUAUCUACACGUCGCCCAUCAGUAGUAUUGCUCACGCUUACACGUGUUCGCCGCGGCGUCGCCAGGAGAACCUGUCAUUCUGGUUCCCACUAUUUUUGUAAGAUUUCUAGGUAAUUGCUACUCUUUCUGUUAUGUGCACAGUGUGGUAUGUGCACAUCAAUGUGUACAUGAUAUUGAAAGAUGAGAGCUUGUCUUACAUGGCAGAGCAGGAUGUGUGAAAUAGGCUUCACUCGUCCUGUCAUGCAUGAACUGCUGAGGGUCCUUUGCUUUAUGUAAAAUACUCUGUACAUAUGUGUAUUUGAGAAAGAAAAACAAAAGCGAUCUAAAUGUGUGUAUAGCUGUCAGAAUGUGUCGUGUUUAUUCAUUUUUUAUUUUUCUUUGGUGUUUCACUCUGUACAGUGUACAUUUAACUUCACUUUGGGAAGCUGAUGUGAAACAAGAAAUAUUAAAUCUGUCUGUGCAACUGUUAGAUAACAUUAUUUUUUUUCUUUGUCUUGCAGCUCUUCUGGUAAAGAUAGAAAAAGCUUGUUCAAACCAUAUCACCAUAUGCAGAGCUCACUCGUAAAUGACCCUUAGGUCUCAAAAGGUGAAGCGUAAAUAGUGACGGCACACAAGAAGAAAUACAGACAGGACAAGGCGCUGUAUUUCUUCUUCUGUGCCGUCACUAUUGGCGCUUCACCUUUUGAAAACUAUGCACCAACUAGCCCUACAACAUGUUUUACUGCAGUACCCUUAGGUAUAUAGUAAGCUGGAUAGCUUUGUCUGGAUUUCUGCUUGCAUGUCUGCAAGCAGAAAUCAGUUUGAUACUCUAGCAUUGUGAGCAGCAAGUAAAAUAAAACCAAAGCAGCAUUGUGCAGAAAGUGGCUAACAGCUGCACAUUUGCCUUUAACAAUAGAAGCAUUGCCAAAUGAAAAACAGAAAAGAUCUGACUCUGUCUGCGAUUUCUGCCUCUUGUAUCGUUGUUGCCUCCACUCUCUAUGAUGCUUGAGUGCUGUUGUCAUUGGAAUAGUCUAGGUUUAUUUGGGCUGACGUAAUGCUGCCACCAGGGCCAGUCGCCCGGCUUGGAGGCAAAUGUCAUAAUUGCCCCACAGCCGGCAGUGGCCCUAACUUGACAAACCUUUGUAUAUUCAGUGAUUGUAGCAUUGAAUGAUAACUAAGAGUGUGUGCACACGACUUUGGUACAAAAUCGACGGCAGUCAUAUGCAGCGCUGACCCAAUCUAAGGGCAUCUUCAAAUGGAUUGCUGUCACGAUGCAGAGAUCUCGGUCAAUUCACCACACUUUGGAAUCACUGAGGUGCAUGCUGCAAAGCUAUCCGAGUCCCUCCCUCCCUUUUUUUUUGUUUUGUUUUGUUAUGAUAGCUGUGUCUGUUGUAGUUGCGGCAUUGUGAGUGCAGAGGUUGCUGGUAUAAAAAGGAGCUCCCAAUCGAUAUUUUAAAAGCGAUAACUGCAGCAGUGCAGGUAUCACUCACUGAUACUUGCCGAGUACUAAUUCCGAGAUUAUUUCAAAGGCAAGUACAUCUAACUGUCCGGAUGGCUAAUCAAACAUGGCCACAUUAAUUGAAUAUUGGUAUACAAUGUACACAAACAUAGAGCUGUGUGGGAAUGAAAAAAAAUUUGGUGCUGUGCUUUUAUGCCUUUGCCGUUUGCUCAGCCCAUGUGAAUGCCACAACAUUUUUUGGUGCUGUGUAAUUGAUCAUCGUUUGUGCUUAUCUAGUCUAAAGUUUGGCUCGUAUGUGCGGCAAAAUGGCGCAGUGGAUCCUGAAAUGGGUCACCUUGAGUCGAGUUCCAUGACAGACAGAGAUAACCGUUUGCUUGUUUUAUUUUCCUUGUUAGUGUGGUCUCUGUGUUGAAUGUGUCCAGCUUUUCUUGUACAGUGAACAGACAAAAGAAAGAAAGCUGAAGCACAGCUCUGCAGUUUCAUUCAUGUUUAAGAUGUGCACUGAGGCCACAUAAGUGUAUGUGCUUCAACUGCUUGGGUGUGUACUCUACAGGAGGAAGUACGUAUUUACGUGCUGGACUUUCCUGGCUCAUUGCUUUCAGUGUCAUUUUGGAGAGUCCAAAUAAACUCUGCACUAAAGCAAA